GCAAUAAAUUGCGUUUGCGCAACUGCCUUCGAUUUAGGAAUUUUUCACCUUUUUGACGCUAUCAUCGGUUGCCAAAAUUACCGUUUUUGUUGUUGAAGGUUGGGAGUGCAGUGGUUGUGGAUAGUUCCAAUUUUUAUUUUUAUUAGGAAAAUUGUACAUAUUCUCCACCGAUUUCAAACAUGGGUGUGGAAGUCGAAACGAUCAAACCAGGUGAUGGCCAAACCUUCCCCAAAACAGGUCAGACUGUGAUAGUUCAUUACACAGGUACCUUAACAAAUGGACAAAAGUUUGACUCAUCAAGAGACAGGGGAUCUCCAUUCAAGUUUCAGAUUGGCAAGGGAGAAGUUAUCAAGGGCUGGGAUGAGGGUGUUGCUCAGGUUCUCAUUAGAUGUCCUCUCAAGGCCAAUCAUUAAAAACCAGAGAAUAGGAUCAUCAAUAUGAGCGUAGGCCAGAGGGCAAAACUGACCUGCUCCCCAGACUAUGCUUAUGGCUCCAGGGGACAUCCAGGCAUUAUUCCCCCAAAUGCCACCCUCAUUUUCGACGUCGAGCUGCUUGAAAUCGACUAAAUUGACAGUGGGGGAUUGAGAAGUGCGGCAUUUCCGUCAAAAGCGUAUAUAAGGUUAUUUAAAAUGAUUAUAGUUACUCAAAGUUAGCACAAUAUGUAAUUUAGCUAAGUACAAAUCGUAUUCUAGAGGCACAGGAACAGUUGACAGCAUGUUUGAAUGGUCGUUUGAAUAGGUGAUAGAAUAUAAAAAGAUGUAUCAUUCGGAAGUGCUGCAGUGUUUUGAUUUUAUAGGUUUUAAUCUCAUGUUGAGGGUUGCUUUGAACAACAAACAUUUUUGGGUGCAUAGAUACCAUUUUUUUACAUUGUGCAAUUUGAAUCAAGUAUGUCAUAAUGCUUCUUUUUUAUUAUCUAUACAGGUUAGAGAAUUUUAAAACUUUAACGUUUUUUUUUUUUGAUGUAUUGUAUAGUUUAUUCACACAUUGACUUCCUGUGCCUCUACUGAGAAUAAGCAAUUUGUCUAUUUGUCAUUCUUCUUCUGAAUAGUUGAAUAGUGGGGAACCUGGACAGUUAGGGAUAUCAAUUAAUACAUGAUGGAAGUGACUGCACUGAAUUUCAGCAUAUAAUUCAGUUUCAGUGUAUUAUUUCCCAGUUCAAAUUGCAUUUGAUUUUCUAGUAUUUCCAUGUUGUUUGCAAUUAUAUUCCUUAAUAUAUCUUACUACUUUGGAUAUGGUCAAUGCUUGUUCAAAUUCGUGUACAUUUUUUGAAUUAUAGGUAUUGUGCGUGUCCCAAUAAAAGAACUGUUUGUGAUUGAGA